AUGAGAGGGCAGCCCCAAGGUAGAGGCGAGAGGACUCCCACAGGAGAGAAUACCCAUCGUACAUCUUCACUGCAUAGAUAUGAUGAAGAGAUUGAUUACACAUUACCCCCGUACUCAGAAGUACCUCCACCACCGACGUACACCAAAGUCAUUUCACCAGACGGAGACAUCCAGAUCGACCAAAGCGAGCAUGUACUCACUUCAGCUCCUGAAGCGUCUUUACAGAGCCGCAGUUCUGUUACUACAGCUACUCAAGAUGCUUGUAAUGCUAACAACGAGGCAGUCAAUGAGGAAAAUGCGAGCAGAGUCGAAAACAGCGGUGGCGUUAAUAGCGAUUCAUUGAAUCCACCGCCUCGAUCUGGCAGGCAAUAA